UACGGCUCCCAGCCAGCCGCGGGCUGUGCUGCGCCGUGCCCGGUGGGGCGCAGCAUGGAGAGCCCGGCGGUGACCUUCACGCUGGCCUACGUGGUGUUCUCCGUGUGCUUCGUCUUCCCGCCCGACGAGGUGCGCUCGGCGGGGCUGACGGUGCAGAGCCUGCUGGCCGCCUGGCUGGGUAGCGAGGAUGCGGCCUUCGUGCAGUACCACCUGCGGCGCACCACCGGCACGCUGCUGGCGCACUCCCUCCUGCCCUUCGGUUAUUACCUUGGUAUGUGCUUUGCUGCACCUGAAAAACAUCUUUGCUUUUUCUACCUGGCUUCAAAAGGAUGGAAAACUUUCUUCUUCUUCGCUGUUCUCUUUCCAGCAGUCACUAGUGCCCUGGCAUAUUACUGGUCACGGAAAGGUUGGAAUAAUCAUCCAUUAGCCCGAACACUCGCUGUUUAUGCUCUCCCGCAGUCAGGUUGGAGGGCAGUAGCUUCUUCCAUCAAUACAGAAUUUAGGAGAAUUGACAAAUUUGCUACUGGAGCCCCAGGAGCAAGGGUGAUUGUCACGGACACAUGGGUGAUUAAAGUGACCACCUACUGUUUACAUGUUGCCCAGCAGCAGGACAUUCAUUUGACAGUGACAGACUCCAGACAGCAUGAGCUCACCCCAGACUCAAAUAUGCCUGUGCAGUUCCUCACCAUCCGUGUUGCCAGUAUAAAUCCCUACGUGAAGGCAUUUGAUAUCCGGUUGAACUCGACAGAGUAUGGGGAGCUCCGAGAAAAGCUCCGUGCUCCUAUCAGCAAUGCAGCUAAUGUUGUGAUCCAUCAAAGCCUUAGUGAUUUAUUUCUAGAAACCUUUACAUCUCUGGUGGAAAUUAACCAGACAUACUCUGUUCCAAGCACCCAGGAACUGGAGCCAUGCAUAGGGUGCAUGCAGACUAUUGCUAACAUCAAGCUCAUCAAGAACUGCCAGGAGCCAAACGAAGGGGAGUGCCAGCAGUGCUACUGUCGUCCCAUGUGGUGCCUCACCUGCAUGGGCAAAUGGUUUGCCAGCCGACAAGAUCAGCAGCGCCCAGAGACGUGGCUGUCGAGCCAAGUGCCUUGUCCAACUUGCCGAGCCAAAUUUUGCAUUUUAGAUGUUUGCAUAAUACGAUGAGUAAUACAUGGGUAUGUUUUAACUUUUUAAACUUCAUUAUUUCAGAGUGGGUUUGGUUAAAAGGCCUGUUAGAUUUGUUUCUGAGACUUCAUGUUCUACAAAGGUGCAGGCUCCAAAGCUUUCUUUUACAGUGUUGAAAAUAGAUGUAAAUCUUUUCAGUUCCUCUCAACUUUUACUUGUAUCUUUGGGUUUUAUUCCCUACAUGUCAGUUUAUGGAAUUUUAUUUAAUCCAGACUUUGUUUUCUUCUUGGGUUGAAUAAGGAUAUACCUUUACAUUCACAGUACUGUCCUCUUUUUCAAGUUUCAACACAGGUUAAAUUCUUUCAGUUUUUAAACUUAACUUGGGUUUUUAUUCUUUAAUAAAGGGCUAACUGAGAAAAUUA